AUGGGUACUCCUCCGGUGAACACGUUGCCGGUAGCAUACCAAGCAUGGACAAGUUUGGCAGUACCUGACUGGUUGAACAAAGGUGAUAACGCAUGGCAAAUGGUAUCAGCCACCCUUGUGGGGAUUCAAAGCAUGCCAGGGUUAGUCAUCCUCUACGGAAGCAUAGUCAAAAAGAAAUGGGCAGUUAACUCUGCUUUCAUGGCCCUCUACGCAUUUGCUGCAGUUGUCCUUUGUUGGGUUACCUGGGCUUAUAAGAUGUCCUUUGGGGAGAAGCUGUUGCCCUUUUGGGGGAAAGCUGGGCCUGCGUUGGGCCAAAAGUUUCUUAUAAAACAAGCGCGGUUGCCGGCAACGCCGCAUUAUUAUGACAACGGUGAUCUGGAGACUGCUGAUAUAGAACCCUUUUAUCCCAUGGCCACUAUGGUGUGGUUUCAGUGUGUUUUUGCUGCCAUUGCGCUUGUUAUUUUGGCUGGCUCUGUUUUGGCUCGGAUGAAUUUCAAGGCUUGGAUGAUGUUUGUGCCUCUUUGGCUCACUUUUUCUUAUACCAUUGGUGCGUUUAGUUUGUGGGGUGGAGGCUUCUUGUUCCAAUGGGGUGUUAUGGACUACUCUGGUGGUUAUGUCAUUCAUCUUUCUUCUGGGAUUGCUGGCUUCACUGCUGCUUAUUGGGUGGGACCAAGAUCGAAGAAGGACAGAGAGAGAUUUCCACCAAACAAUGUGUUACUAACGUUGGCAGGGGCAGGGCUACUAUGGUUGGGAUGGGCAGGUUUCAAUGGAGGAGAUCCCUAUGCGGCGAACACAGACUCAUCCAUGGCGGUGCUCAACACAAACGUUUGCGCCGCCACCAGCCUCCUCGUGUGGACGUGGUUGGACGUUAUUUUCUUCAAGAAGCCCUCAGUUAUUGGAGCCGUUCAGGGCAUGAUAACUGGCCUUGUUUGCAUCACUCCUGGAGCUGGUCUGGUUCAAGGAUGGGCUGCAAUUGUGAUGGGAGUGCUUUCAGGAAGUGUGCCAUGGUUCACCAUGAUGGUGUUGGGGAAGAAAUUGACACUGUUUCAAAUGGUUGAUGACACCCUUGCUGUGUUCCACACUCAUGCUGUGGCUGGCCUUCUAGGGGGUGUACUCACUGGCCUAUUUGCUGAGCCACGUUUAAGUGCACUCUUUCUACCUGUCACGAACUCCCAAGGAGCAAUCUAUGGUGGCCCUGGCGGUGUCCAAAUCCUUAAACAAAUUGUGGGAGGUUUGUUCAUCAUUGGAUGGAACCUCGUGGCCACUUCAAUUAUUUGUGUGGUUAUUGGUUUCAUUGUUCCUCUUAGAAUGACAGAUGAAGAGGUUCUUAUUGGGGAUGAUGCGGUUCAUGGUGAAGAAGCUUAUGCACUUUGGGGUGAUGGAGAAAAACUUAGCAUCUACAAAGAUGAUACAACCCAUCAUGGAAUGGUGUCUAGUGGUCUCACUCAAGUGGUCUAGCUGAUGACCAAACAAUGCAAA